GGAAGUACAACAAAACAAGGGGAGACAGAGGGAACCCAAGAGGAGCUCAGGUGCCUCUCUCCCAUUCCCACCUGUAUCUCUCUCUCUCUCUCUCUCAUACAAUCACAAACCCUAGCUCUCUUCGUUUCUCUCUCUUGAAACCCAAUCUUUUCCUUCGAACCAGUGCUCUACCAGUCUCGAUAUAUCUUCCCCGUCCAAAACGCCGCCCGUCCAAUCCCCAAAACCCUAAUUCACCAUUUUCUUGUCCAAAUCUAGGGGUUUUUCUCUGAAGUACUGUCGCAGGGCUUGAAAUCUUGGGAUUGUUUACCAAAAUCCGAGCCAGCUUGUGAGAGCUAGAGAGAUAUUUGGCAGAGUCAUGUACAGGGAGCGAGGAGGCGGAGGUGGGUCAUCGAGAUCGGAGAUCGUGGGAGGGCCGUUGGAUCGCAAGCGCAUCAAUGAUGCGCUGGACAAGCAUCUAGAGAAGUCGUCCCCGUCGACUUCGAGGGGUGGUGGCAUCAACAGUAAAGAUAAGGAGAGGCUCUCCGUGCCCUCCACUUCCACUGGUAAAUCUCAGCCGCUCGAUCAUCGCGAUUCUCGCUCCGCUUCACUUUCCAAGAACAAGUGCUCUGAUGAGGAAUCUGAAACAGACAGUGAAGAAUCAGAUGUUAGUGGUUCUGAUGGAGAUGAUACAUCAUGGAUUUCGUGGUUUUGCAAUUUGCGAGGAAAUGAAUUUUUCUGUGAAGUAGAUGAUGAAUACAUUCAAGAUGAUUUCAAUCUUUGUGGUUUGAGCAGUCAAGUUCCAUAUUAUGAUUAUGCACUUGAUCUGAUUUUGGAUGUUGAAUCUUCUCAUGGUGACAUGUUCACUGAAGAGCAGAAUGAAUUGGUUGAAUCAGCAGCGGAGAUGCUGUAUGGUCUUAUACAUGUUCGAUACAUACUGACCAGCAAGGGAAUGACUGCAAUGUUAGAGAAGUACAAAAACUAUGAUUUUGGAAGGUGUCCGAGAGUUUACUGCUGUGGACAACCCUGCCUCCCACUUGGUCAAUCAGACAUUCCUCGCUCAAGCACCGUAAAAAUCUACUGCCCCAAAUGUGAAGACAUUUACUACCCUCGGUCCAAGUACCAAGGCAAUAUUGAUGGAGCUUAUUUCGGAACUACGUUUCCCCACUUAUUUUUAAUGACAUAUGGACACCUAAAGCCACAAAAGGCGACACAGAGCUAUGUUCCAAGAGUUUUUGGCUUCAAGAUCCACAAGCCAUGACAUAAAAAGGUGCAAGUUGUUACUAUUUGUGAUGAACUUCCAUGGUCCAUUUGUGGUGGUUCUCUCAUCUUGCCUCAUGUCUGUGUUGAAAAAUGAAUGGCCUAACAAGCAAGAUGAAAUGCAAGAGUACUACAAUUGAUUUACCAAUGAAAAUUUGCCUAUAAGCAGAGCAAACCUUAUCUUCUUAUUUUUGUUCGUGAAUUUAACAGAGCGUUUGUAAGCUUCUCUCUUCUUCUUCCGCUGAGGAUAUGUCAAGUGCUUUGCAGUUUCCUUUGCUUGAGUUAUCAUGGUUGAGCAUACACCAAGGGUUUAAGGUUAUAAACUAUUGAUGAUAUUGGAUAGCCCAAUGAAAGUGGGAGAAUAGGAUCAUCUCUCAAUUUCAAGUGAAAUGAAGAAGAGUUAUUUCAUGGUCAAUAUUAAAUUU